CGUCCCGUCGGCGGCGCGGCGGCAGCGGGCGGCCGCCGUAGCCCCUGCGAGGGGAGCCCGUGCCCGGGCGGGGAGGAAGAGAAAGGCGGCCCGAGCCGGGUUACAAGAUGGCGGCGGCGCUGUAGUAGCUGCUGAGGCGGAGCGGCGCCAGCGAGGCCCGGGCCGGGGCGCGGCGGCGCUGACUCGCCAUGGGAAGCGGCGCGUUAAAGGCCCCGCGGUGCCCCUGAGCGGCCCGGCGGCCCCGCUUGCUCCCCGCCGCCCUCGCUCCAUCGCCCCCGCGGAGGCGGAGCGGGCCCGGGGCUGCACCAUGUCGGACACCCGCCGGCGGGUGAAGGUCUACACGCUCAACGAGGAUCGGCAAUGGGACGACAGGGGCACCGGGCACGUCUCCUCCAGCUACGUGGAGCGGCUGAAGGGGAUGUCGCUGCUGGUGCGCGCCGAGUCGGACGGUUCACUACUGUUAGAAUCGAAGAUAAAUCCAAAUACUGCAUAUCAAAAACAGCAGGAAGACGAGAAGUUUUUAUCAGAAGUUUUUGCACAGUUGACAGACGAAGCUACAGACGACGACAAACGGUGUGAACUGGUCAACUUCUUCAAGGAAUUUUGCGCCUUUUCUCAGACGUUACAACCUCAGAACAGAGAUGCGUUCUUCAAAACUUUGGCAAAGUUGGGAAUUCUUCCAGCUCUUGAAAUUGUAAUGGGAAUGGAUGAUCUGCAAGUUAGAUCUGCUGCUACAGAUAUAUUUUCUUAUCUGGUAGAAUUUAGCCCAUCCAUGGUCCGAGAAUUUGUGAUGCAAGAGGCCCAGCAAAGUGAUGAUGACAUCCUCCUCAUCAAUGUGGUCAUCGAGCAGAUGAUCUGCGACACAGAUCCGGAGCUGGGGGGAGCUGUUCAGCUAAUGGGGCUGCUGAGAACUCUGAUUGACCCAGAGAAUAUGCUAGCCACAGCCAAUAAAACAGAAAAGAGUGAAUUUCUCAAUUUCUUCUACAACCAUUGUAUGCACGUUCUCACUGCUCCGCUUCUGGCCAAUACAUCAGAAGAUAAAUGUGAAAAAGAUGCAGUAGUUGGAUCCACUAAGAGUAAUACAAUUUGUCCUGAUAAUUACCAAACAGCACAACUACUUGCCUUAAUUUUGGAGCUGCUUACUUUUUGUGUGGAACACCACACAUAUCACAUCAAGAAUUACAUUAUGAACAAAGAUUUGCUAAGAAGAGUGCUGGUAUUGAUGAAUUCAAAACACAUCUUAUCAGAUGCAGUAGUUGGAUCCACUAAGAGUAAUACAAUUUGUCCUGAUAAUUACCAAACAGCACAACUACUUGCCUUAAUUUUGGAGCUGCUUACUUUUUGUGUGGAACACCACACAUAUCACAUCAAGAAUUACAUUAUGAACAAAGAUUUGCUAAGAAGAGUGCUGGUAUUGAUGAAUUCAAAACACACAUUUCUGGCCUUGUGUGCUCUCCGCUUUAUGAGGAGGAUAAUCGGGCUGAAAGAUGAAUUCUAUAAUCGUUACAUCACCAAGGGAAACCUCUUUGAGCCAGUUAUCAACGCCCUGCUGGACAACGGCACGCGGUACAACCUGCUCAACUCUGCUGUGAUUGAGCUCUUCGAGUUCAUCAGAGUGGAAGAUAUUAAGUCCCUUAUUGCACAUAUAGUUGAAAACUUCUAUAAUGCACUUGAAUCUAUUGAGUAUGUUCAGACGUUCAAGGGACUGAAGACAAAAUAUGAGCAGGAGAAGGACCGACAAAGCCAGAAGCUGAACAGUGUCCCAUCCAUAUUGCGUAGCAAUAGAUUCCGCAGGGAUGCCAGAGCCUUGGAGGAGGAUGAAGAAAUGUGGUUCAAUGAAGAUGAAGAGGAAGAAGGCGAAGCUGUUGUACCUCCAGUUGAGAAGUCAAAACAGGAGGAUGAUUUUCCAGAUAGCUAUGAGAAAUUUAUGGAAACUAAAAAAGCUAAGGAGAGUGAAGACAAAGAGAAUCUUCCAAAAAGGACUUCAGCUGGGGGAUUCAAAUUCACUUUUUCCCACUCAGCCAGCGCAGCCAACGGUGCGAACGGCGCAAACAGCAAAUCCGUGGCAGCUCAGACAUCACCAGCGAGCUCCAACGGCUCCUCUUCCAAGAACACGGCCCUGAGCCCGGCGGUGCCAGCCCCCAAGGGAAGUCUAGUUGGGCUAGUGGAUUAUCCUGAUGAUGAAGACGAUGACGAAGAGGAGGAGACAUCUCCAAGGAAAAGACCUCGUCUGGGUUCAUAAAAGAAACCAAAACUUUGGAAUAAGAACUUUUAUUAUGGGGUUUCAAAUGCUGCAACUGUUUUAAGAGCUAAAAAGAAUCUGAAUCAGAAAGCUUUCUCCCAUGAGUAUAUAAGAUAAUACAAGGAGUAGCAAAAGAAACUCGGUGUAUCAGCUAGAAAGGGUUAGUUCUGUAAACACAAAUCUUCCAAGGAACUUAAUGUCUUUCUAGAAAGUAAGGAGUCUGCCAUUCAGGCUGUCAAAAAAAAAAGAAAAAUUUUAAAAAAAGGUGGGUUAGUAUUCUCAGAACCUGGAUGAGGGCUUCUCAGCAAGGAAAGUCUCAGGUGUUGGGAGGGAAAGGGGGAGGGAAAGGUAUGGUAACACUUUUUAAAAAAUAUUGCAGGGUUUCCCCAUUGUUUAACAGAACUAGGAAAAAAAAUUCAAACUUAAAUUUUGAACCCAGUAAUCUUAAUUUUGUAAUGGUGCUGUCAGUUGUGUUCUUUUAGCAAUGCCUCUUUUAAAAAAAUUUUAAGGGAAAACUAACUCUGUUUGCAUAAGAACAAUCCAUAUUUUGGGACCAUUUAUUACCAACUAAACUGCAUUUCUCGUGAUUGGAGGGAGGGACACUGCAGUUGUAGUGCAUGUUGAGUUGUUUCAAACAGUUAAAAUAAGUUUUAAUUUGUAUUUUCCAAGAGGAGAGAAUGGAAGCUGGAUUCAAAAUGGAAGGUUUUGCUUGUUUUGUCAGUGAGACGUCCAGAAAUAUCUAUGCCAAGGAGCAGUGGCUUCCCAAGGGUCUGCAGGAGCUGCUUGUGUCAUGGUGGGGCUGCACCUGGCACAUCCCUCAGCUGUUGGUUCAGGUUGGGAAGAGCCUGAAUUCCAACGUGCCCCACGGUGCUCCAGGGCUGCCUCCUCUUGGAGCAGCUGUUUCCCUGUUUGGGAGCUGCAUGGUUGAGGUGGGAAUAAGAAACACACAGGUUUUUCAUAGAGAUGGACUGAGCAGCAUUUUAACAGCAAAGGCAGUUUGGACCAAGCCAGGGUUAUUGCCAGGAGAACACCUCGAGGGCUUGGAGGCGGAAUCCACAAGCAGCACCUGAACCUGGGGUGGUACAAAAGCUGCUUUUUUAAAACACAAAAGCACAUUCCACAUAGGUGAGUGAACUGUGACAGGAACAGGGGAGUUCAUGGCAAGGUGACAGAGGCAAACAGUCCAGGUUUUAUUUUUAAGAGCAGCACAUGAACUGUAAAUAUUUUAAUGUUAGUUUGCCCAUAUGUGAUCUGAGAUCAUGACUGAGUGAGAGGAGAUUUCCCAGCGACUGUGUCAGAGAUGUUAAAGAUGGAACCAGCUGCAAUCCACCACAUAGAUCACUCUUGUAAUACGUGUUAUGGGUCCAUUUCUCCUGGAAUAGUUUAAACUGAAGCAGUUUCUCUGUUUUGGAGAUUUUUGUAGUUAGUUUUAAUUUUAGCUCUUGUUUGGAAAAGAUGGGCUGUCUGUGUAGAUAUGAAGUAUAGUUUUUUCCAUAAAACAGAAGUUUAUUUUGUAUUAAAGAUACCACUGUACUUGUUUUACACCAUUUGUAUACAUGUGGUGAUAUUAAUGCUGAACUGUAAAAUUCAGGAAUUAAAAUGUGACCCUGUAAUUCCAUAA